AUGUCAAGCCACGACAUGAUCACGGACGACUACGUCGCCGACUUGCUCGCCAAAGAGGCAGUCACGGGCAGGGCAGACAAGAAACCGGCAAAUAUGCCUAAACCAAACACUCGUUUCCUGCGCCACAUCAUCAAGGAUACGAAUACGCACAACAAGAAUCUCCUAGCCAAAGAGGCCGCAGAGUCUCGCGCGCGCUUGAAGGAUCUGGAACAUGCCGAGGAGAAGGAGAGGCGGAGAAAGGCAGGCCCACAGGAUAUUCGAAAGAGACAGAUGGGAGAUAUCCUAUCCAUCUUAGGAGACCGCAAGGACAUAGCCAGGCCCAGUCGAUCGGGAACGUCGAAAGAGAAGUCGCACAAGAAGGAAGGCUCGCCACCGCGGAGAGCACAUCACAAAGAACGCAGGAGCGAAUCUCCAGAACGCGAGAGCGCUAGGAAACACCGCCGGAGUAGAAGGGACGAAUCGGAUUCGGAGCGGGACGACCGUCGACGACACAAGAGCGAUCGGCGGAGGUCACGCUCACCAGACGAAAAGCACAGGAGGCACCGCCAUCGGUCGCCAAUCGAGGAUAGGGAGAAUGCGUCAAAGUCCCGGCGAAAUGAUAGGGAAAGGAGACGAGACGAAGAAGGACAGGAACUAAUGUCGAAGAGUCAUCGGUCACGCAGAGACCGGAGCCGGGAGAGGCCACAGUCAGGAUUCUCGAUCAAGGGCAGCAGCCGUCGCCGCGACGGAGGGCGAGUGCACGAGCAGGAGCCCCAGACGACAACGUCAGACUCGGAUCCGUUGGACGAAUUCAUUGGGCCGGAACCACCGCAGCAAGUCCGUUCGCGCGGCCGGGGCACCGCCAUGGGGGCCUCGGGUAUCGACAAACGCUUUGAAGCAGACUACAACCCCAAAAUUGACGUGGAGAUGGCCGACGACGACAAACAUCCGGGAGAGAACUGGGAUGACGCCGUGGAGGCGUUCAGGGACAGGCAGAAGUGGCGGCAGAACCAGGAGGAGCGGAUGCGGGCGGCCGGGUACACCGAUGUGAUGCUGAAGAAGUGGAGGGAGGGCGGUACGGCUGAUGAGCAGAAGGACGAGCGGGAUGUGCGGUGGGCCAAGGCCGGGGAGAAGCGCGAGUGGGAUCGCGGCAAGGAGGAUGGGUUAAGCGGAUUGUUUUCCGAGUUCAAUUGA